AUGGCUAUUUCUCCCAUUCGCAGCACCGCAACCUCCACAUAUACCGGUUCCACCAUCUCGCUCCCGAUCGCUCGCCAGCAGUCCAACAACACCGAUGGUCUGGGAGGGGUUGCAAUUAAGAAGGAGGGAUGGGCCUCAGUCAAGGAGAGCAAGAACUUCAUCCAGCCUUGGAAGCAAAAAUAUCUUAUCCUCCGUAAGGAGUCGCUCGAUUUCCACAAGACAGAAGGUGGCAAGGUCUCGUACACGCUAUUCCUAAGGGACGUUGUCAAUGUUGGACGAGUUGAGGCGGCCGGCACCAUCUUUGAGAUCAAGCGGAAGCCCGACGGCUCGUCCAAUAGCCCUGGUGAUGACGAUGGACAGACCAAGACUCUUCAGAUCAAGGUGAAGAGCGACGAUGACCUCUACGAGUGGAUUGAUUUCAUCUACGGCGCCUGCCCUGGAAUGGGCGGCGUUAGUAACCCGACCAAUUUCUCCCAUGCCGUCCAUGUUGGUUUCGAUCCCAAGACUGGCGAGUUUGUCGGACUCCCCCCUGAGUGGUCUAAGCUCCUUAACUCGUCUGCCAUCACCAAGGAGGAUUACGAGCGUAACCCCCAGGCCGUCUUUGAAGUCCUUGACUUCUAUACCGAUCUGGCCAAGCGGGCUGAGAACCCUAACCAGUAUUCCAGUCUGACCCCUACUCCCCCUGCGCAAAGCCAAGGGAACAAGCAACUUGGAUAUGGCAGCGGUGCUUCAGUCGCCCCUCCUCGUCCCGCGCCGCCUCCUGCCUCUCAACGCCCCGGCUAUACUCCUCCUCAGUCUGGCUCGACCCCCCCUCGACGUCCUGAGCGCCCCGAGCGUCCUGCUCGACCUGACGAGCGCCCCUCGCCAUCGGAGCAACAGCAGCAGCGCCAGCAGAUGCAGGCCAUGGCCCCUAACUAUGUGUCACAGGAAGCCUUGAGAGAGGAGCAACGUAAGAAGCAGUUGGAAGCUCAGAGACAACGCGAGCGUGAGAUCGAGGAGCAGAACCGACGCGAACUGGAAGCGUACAAUGCUUCUCUCCCCAAAACUAAGGUACCUCUAGCCCAGCAGGAGAUUGGCGGGUACGGCGGAUCGCCUUCUCCCCAGCCCGACCGUUACAAUCCAUCACGAGCCGCCCCCUCGGCACCAAAGGCGCCCACUCAACAAAGCAACCUCAGAGCCCAGCGACCUGCCCCUCCUGCCCCGACUGGUUCCUCGCGGCCUCCUUUGGCUUCGCAGAACAGCUCCAGCGCUCUUCGUGACCCCACCCAAGCGCAGCGAGUUCCUCGCAACGACGGUGCUACAGGCCACGCAAAUGCUCCUCGCUAUGCCAAUGGCAACCAAGCAUCGCAGCCCCGGCAGCAACAGCAGCAGCAGCCCUCGCGACUGCCUGCCCCCGUCAAGCCUCUCAAUGUCGCGCCCAAGCCCAGUCAGCAACAGCAGCAAUCUGAUGGCGUCAAGGCCGCCGAGGCAGCGCUUACGGCCAAGCCCUCGCCAUCUGAACGCAAGCAGGAUGUUCGCAUGUCGACCAUGUCCGAGAGUGAAGUCAUGGCCAAGCUCAAGGAAGCCGUUUCCAAGGAUGACCCUAACAUUUCCUAUUCUAAGCAAAAGAAGAUCGGACAGGGUGCUUCCGGCUCGGUCUAUGUGGCCAAGAUCAAGGAAACCGCCGUGGGUAUUGCCCGUGACAUGCUGCGCGCGCAGGGACCCCGGGCUCAGGUGGCCAUUAAGCAAAUGGAUCUCGCUCAUCAACCACGCAAGGAGCUUAUUGUGAACGAGAUCAUGGUUAUGAAGGACAGCCGUCACCGUAACAUUGUCAACUUCCUGGAUGCCUUCCUGCGCAACAACAACUCGGAGCUCUGGGUUGUUAUGGAGUACAUGGAGGGUGGUGCCUUGACUGAUGUGAUUGACAACAACCCGUCGAUCUCUGAAGAGCAGAUCUCGACCAUCUGCCACGAAACUUGCCGCGGAUUGCAGCACCUGCACUCACAAAACAUUAUCCACCGUGAUAUCAAGAGUGACAACGUUCUGUUGGACGCGCGCGGAAAUGUCAAGAUUACUGAUUUUGGCUUCUGCGCCAAGCUCACAGAGACGAAGUCGAAGCGAGCCACUAUGGUGGGAACUCCUUACUGGAUGGCCCCAGAGGUUGUCAAACAAAAGGAGUAUGGUCCCAAGGUGGACAUCUGGUCUCUUGGUAUCAUGGCGAUUGAAAUGAUCGAGUCGGAGCCGCCUUACCUCAACGAGGAACCCCUCAAGGCGCUGUAUCUCAUCGCUACCAACGGAACUCCCCGACUCAAGAAGCCUGAGAAGCUGAGCAAGGAGCUCAAGGCGUUCUUGUCUGUCUGCCUGUGUGUGGACGUCAAGAGCCGCGCCUCGGCGGAUGAGCUGCUGGCCCACGACUUUUUGCGACACGGUUGCCCCCUAGCCAGCUUGGCGGACUUGUUGGCGUUCAAGAAGCACGCCAAGUAA